AUGAAUGGUAUUGUAAUUCUUGGUAUUGCUGUAACUAAACGAUUCUCGACCAAGAUUGAAUGUUUAUGUUCAUCUUCUUAUUAUGGUUCACGAUGUGAAUAUCAAUCCGAACGUAUUUUAAUCAUCAUGUACAUGGAUAUUGUAGCCAUCGAUUCAAAAUAUGCAGAAUAUAGAGCAUCAUGGUCUUAUGAUGUUCCUUUCUCUUUUUUACCAGUCAAUCGAUUAGUUUUACAUCUACGAUUAGAUGAUGCUCCGUCGUGCCGUACAUUGAAAUGUGUACAUGGAUUCUGUAAACGUUAUCUAAAUUCUCCUCAUCAUGUCUAUUGUCACUGUCACGACCAUUGGACAGGUUUUCGAUUUGACAUAGCCAAUGUUUGUCCAUGUGCAGCUGGUGGAAAAUGCGUUGAUGGUUCUAACUCAUCUAUUUGUAUUUGUCCAUUGGGUCGUUUUGGUCAUCGGCGUGAAGGGUGGUUUGAUCCAUGUAAUGAUAAUAAUUGUAAAAAUAAUGGAACUUGUGUUCCAGUAGAUGAACGACAAAAUCCUCGAUAUACUUGUCUUUGUCCAAUAGAAUACGAGGGAAGCGACUGUAGCACGAAAUUAAAUCGAAUCAAUCUAUAUUUCUCAUCAAAUUUUGUUUUGCGUUAUUCUCUACAGUCUGCAGCAAUCUUUAUAUAUAUUCUUCUAUUAAAUUCUCCUGUUAAAGGCGUAUUUGCAAUUCAAAAACGUAAUUUAAUUGAUCAAACUAAUUUACACAAUUCAUUACUAAUGUUCUAUGAUAAUUUGAAAAAGUCUCCUUUGUUAAUUCUUGUUCAGGUUUAUAAUGAACGUGACCAAGCCGAAUUCUAUGUUGUUACUUUUAUGAAAAAACCUCACGAUUAUCUUACGGUUAACGUUCAAUCUGAUCAGCAAUGUUUUCAUAUUGAUCAAAUCAUUGAAAAUCAAACUAUUCGAGAAUUUCCAUUAAUUCGAAGAGUUAAAUAUUAUCAUCAUUUAUGUUUAUUAAACAAAAAUAUGCGAUGUUUUAUCGAUGAACAUUAUAUAUGUUUUUGUGAUCAUUAUCGUCAAUUAGUAUGUGGUAUAUUUCUUCAAGAAUCAACUCAAUGUUCAAUGAAUCAUUGCCAAAAUAAUGGAAAAUGUAUUCAAUUGACUUUUAAUGGUAUUUGGGAUUUUCGUUGUAUUUGUCCAUCAUGUACAUUUGGAUCACUUUGUCAAUUGACCACAUCAGAAUAUACAUUAUCAUUAGAUUUAAUACUUGGACAAGAUAUUCUUCAAACUGUACCUUUUCAAUAUCAAUAG